AGGAGGGUGAUGCUGCGGAGUUAUGGGGCGGAUUUCGGCCGAGCGGGGGAGGCGGAGGAUCCGCUGCGCCGGUUCGGCGGAUCGCCAUCAACAUCGGACAUACUGCCGGCAUUCAAUCGGACCCGACUCUCUCGUUUCUUCCCAAAAGUUCCGACUCUUAUCCCGACGCCUUGGUCCGCAAGCCUCGGGCUCCCGGACCGGGCGCAACACGGCGUCUGUGGUCUACGGACCAUCCAACGAUGUCCGCCAGUGUAUAGCUUUGGACGGUUCACGGAUGACGUGGUGAACUAAGUGCACGUAAUAGAUUCUACGACUCUCUCUUACCCCCUCCUCUCUUCGUCUUCUUCCCUCGCCUCCUACUGUCCACUCCUCCGUUUCUCUCCAAUGUAAAACCCCCUCCUCCCCUCGAAAUCCCCAUGGAAAUUUGGAGAGCUCGCUCCUUCGAGAAGCAUCUCAAAGCCGUUCUCUCCUCUUCCUCUUCUUCUUCGUCCUCCUCCCCUCGCUUCUCCCCUUCUCUCCACAAAACCCUCCUCCGCCGUUCCUUCCAAACCCUAGCCUCGUCCCCUUCUCCUCCUCCUCCUCCUCCUCUUCCCCACCUCUCCUCCUCCUCCUCCUCUUCCGCCUCUUCUCUCUCCUCCCUCCUCUUCCGCCGCCCCCUCCCGCGCUUCUCGCCACCUCCUCGGAACCUUCCUCUCAAACCCUUCUCUUCGGUCUUUUCGAACCAGGAGAUCGAGUGGAGGGAGGAGCACCACCUAUCGGAGUCGUGCUCCGGCGACGAGAGCUACCAGGAUCAUCUCAUCGAGGUUCAACAGGAGAAGCAGAGCCGAUUCAUACCCGUUAAGGCCUACUUCCUCUGCACCAGUAUUGAUUUGAGGAGCUUGCAAUCGCAGAAUGCUUUCAAUGUGAUUCCGCCGAAUUCUCGUGCCACGAACUAUGUAGUUUUGAGAUAUUAUGAUGUGAAAGGGGAUCGCCAGGACCUUGAGUCUGGAUUCGUGAAUGAGAGCAGCUGCCACUAUAUGGUAGUUUUUCAGUACGGCUCAAUUGUCUUAUUUAAUGUUUCUGAUCAUGAAGCAGAUGGUUAUCUGAAAAUUGUAGAGAAACAUGCAUCAGGUUUACUACCGGAGAUGAGAAAGGAUGAUUAUGCGGUUGUGGAGAAACCAAAUUUAGAGACAUGGAUGCAAGGUGGGCUGGACUACAUUGUGCUCAAGAAUUUGAGCAUAGAUGGAAUCCGCACAAUCGGAAGUGUUCUUGGUCAGAGUAUUGCCCUUGAUUAUUAUAUUCGACAAGUUGAUGGGAUGGUAGCAGAAUUCACAGAUAUAAAUCGCGGUAUGGAGAAAACUGGUACCUUCACCAUGAAGAGGAAAAAACUUUUUCAGUUGGUGGGAAAAGCGAACUCUAAUUUGGCAGACGUCAUUCUUAAACUUGGCCUUUUUGAGAGGUCAGACAUUGCAUGGAAAAAUGCAAAUUAUGCUCAGAUAUGGGAAUAUCUUCGGGAUGAAUAUGAGCUAACACAACGAUUCGGGAACCUAGAUUUUAAGUUGAAGUUUGUGGAGCAUAAUAUUCGGUUUCUUCAGGAAAUCCUUCAAAAUAGGAAAUCAGAUUUUCUGGAGUGGCUAAUUAUUAUCUUGAUCGGUGUAGAGAUCCUUAUUUCUGUUUAUAAUAUUGUUCGAGAGCAGCUGUAAUUUCACGGUAAUUUCACGGACUCAAAAAAAAAAAAAAAAAACUUAAAUGUUUGUUGGGCUCUUUGUAUUUCUGCAUUUGUGUUGGCUCCUUGUAAAGAUACUUCCACCAUUCACAUAUGUUGCUGAAGUUGUAAAUUAUUUAAUUAUUUUUUCUCGUAUUAUAAUCCUCAAUCUUUGCUA